GCGACUUCUGGGACGAUGGGUGGGGGUGGGCCGCCUGGGUCCCCGCCCGCUGCUCCGCCCCCGGGAUCAGGGACUUUUCUCUGCCGUGGCGGCGGGACUGCGGCAGCGGCUGGCGAUCGGAGCCGGCGGACCGGCAGGAUGAGGCUGCGGCUCCUGGUGGCUGCGCUCUGCGCGGGGAUCCUGGCAGGGGCUCCCCGAGUGUGGGCCCAGCACAGGGAGAGAGUGAGCUGCACGCGCCUUUACGCCGCUGACAUCGUGUUCCUACUCGACGGCUCCUCGUCCAUUGGCCGAAGCAACUUCCGCGAAGUGAGGGGUUUCCUUGAGGGGCUGGUGCUGCCCUUCUCCGGGGCAGCCGGUGCACAGGGUGUGCGCUUCGCUGCCGUGCAGUACAGCGAUGACCCACGGACAGAAUUUGGCCUGGAUGCGCUUGGCUCAGGAGGUGAUGUGAUCCGUGCAAUCCGAGAGAUCAGCUACAAGGGAGGCAACACACGCACAGGAGCUGCAAUUCUCCACGUGGCUGACCGUGUCUUUCUGCCCCAGCUGGCCCGACCUGGUGUUCCCAAGGUCUGCAUCCUCAUCACAGAUGGGAAGUCCCAGGACCUGGUGGACACAGCUGCCCAGAGGCUGAAGGGGCAGGGAGUCAAGCUGUUUGCUGUGGGGAUCAAGAAUGCCGACCCUGAGGAGCUGAAGCGAAUCGCCUCACAGCCGACCAGCGAUUUCUUCUUCUUCGUCAACGACUUCAACAUCUUGAGGACGCUACUGCCUCUUGUUUCCCGGAGGGUGUGCACAAGUGCAGGUGGCGUGCCUGUGGCCUUGCCCUCCAAUGACUCAACCUCUGGUCCACGAGACCUGGUGCUGUCUGAGCCAGGCAGUCAAUCCUUGAGAGUACAAUGGACAGCGGCCAGUGGCCCUGUGACUGGCUACAAGAUCCAGUACACGCCCCUGACGGGGCUGGGACAGCCACUGUCGAGUGAACGGCGGGAGGUGAGCGUCCCAGCAGGUGAGACCAGCAUGAGGCUGCAGGGUCUCCGGCCACUGACUGAGUACCAAGUGACGGUGGUUGCCCUCUACGCCAACAGCAUCGGGGAGGCCGUGAGUGGGACAGCUUGGACAACUGCUCUGGAGGGACCGGAGCUGACCAUCCAGAACACCACAGCCCACAGCCUCCUGGUAGCCUGGCGGGGUGUGCCAGGUGCCACUGGCUACCGCGUGACAUGGCGGGUCUUCAGUGGUGGGGCCACGCAGCAGCAGGAGCUGGGCCCUGGGCAGGGGUCAGUGCUGCUGCGUGACCUGGAGCCUGGCACAGACUAUGAGGUGACCGUGAGCACCCUGCUUGGCCGGAGCGUGGGGCCUGCCACCUCCCUGACUGCCCGCACCGACACUUCUGUUGAACAGACCCUGCGUCCCAUCAUCCUGGGCCCCACAUCCAUCCUUCUUUCCUGGAACUUGGUGCCUAAGGCCCGUGGCUACCGGCUGGAGUGGCGGCGUGAGAGUGGCUUGGAGGUGCCACAGAAGGUGGUGCUGCCCUCUGACGUGACCCGCUACCAGUUGGAUGGGCUGCAGCCAGGCACUGAGUAUCGCCUCACACUCUACACGCUGCUAGAGGGCCACGAGGUGGCCACGCCUGCAACUGUGGUCCCCCCUGGGCCAGAGCUGCCUGUGGGCCCUGUGACAGACUUACAGGCCACCGAGCUGCCUGGGCAGCGAGUGCGAGUGUCCUGGAGCCCAGUUCCCAGCGCCACCGAGUAUCGGAUCACCGUGCGCAGCAUCCAGGGGGUCGAGCGGAGCCUGGUGCUUCCUGGGAGUCAGACAGCUUUUGACUUGGAUGACGUCCGGGCUGGGCUGAGCUACACAGUGCGGGUGUCAGCUCGAGUAGGCACCCGAGAGGGUGGUGCCAGCGUCCUCACUGUUCGCAGGGAGCCAGAAACCCCACUUGCCAUCCCAGGGCUGCAGGUAGUGGCGUCAGACGCAACACGAGUGAGGGUGGCCUGGGGACCUGUGCCUGGAGCCAGUGGAUUUCGGGUUAGCUGGAGGACAGACAAUGGUCUGGAGUCCAGCAAGACAUUGCCCUCAGAGUCUACUGCCACAGAUAUCAUGGGGCUGAGACCUGGAACCUCCUACCAGGUGGCUGUGUCGGCAUUGCGAGGGAGAGAGGAGGGCCCACCUGCAAUCACCGUGGCUCGAACUGACCCACUGGGCCCAGUGAAGACAGUCCAUGUUACUCAAGUCAGCAGCUCAUCUGUCACCAUCACCUGGAACAGGGUUCCUGGUGCCACAGGAUACAGGGUCUCCUGGCACUCAGGCCACGGCCCAGAGAAAUCCCAGUUGGUUUCUGGGGAGGCCACAGUGGCUGAGCUGGAUGGGCUGGAGCCAGAUACUGAGUACACAGUGCAUGUGUGGGCCCGUAUGGCUGGUGUGGAUGGGACCCCUGCCUCUGUGGUUGUAAGGACUGACCCUCAGCCCGUGGGCAGUGUCUCGAAGCUGCAGAUCCUCAAUGCUUCCAGUGAUGUUCUCCGGGUCACCUGGGUGGGGGUCACUGGAGCCACAGCUUACAGACUGGCCUGGGGCCGGAGCGAGGGUGGCCCCACGAGACAGGAGAUGCUCCCAGGAAACACGGACUCCGCAGAGAUACGGGGCCUUGAAGGCGGAGUCAGCUACUCAGUGAGAGUGACUGCACUUGUGGGGGACCGUGAGGGCGCACCUGUCUCCAUUGUCGUCACCACGCCGCCUGAGGAGGCUCCACCAGCCCUGGAGACACUUCGUGUAGUGCAGCGAGGGGAGCACUCCCUGAGGCUACGCUGGCAGCCGGUGCCCGGGGCACGCGGCUUCCGUCUGCGUUGGCGACCUGAGGGUGGCCAGGAACAGUCCCAGGUCCUGGGGCCGGAACUCAGCAGCUACGAACUGGACGGGCUGGAGCCAGCGACCCACUACCGUAUAUGGCUGAGUGUCUUGGGGACAGCUGGAGAAGGGCCCCCCUCAGAAGUAACUGCAUACACUGAGUCACCUCGUGUCCCAAGCACUGAACUGCGUGUUGUAGACACCUCAGUCGACUCAGUGACUCUGGCCUGGACCCCGGUGUCUGGGGUAUCCAGCUACAUCCUAUCCUGGCAGCCACUCAGAGGCCCUGGCCAAGAAUUGCCUGGGGCCUCACAGACACUUCCGGGGAUCUCAAGCUCCCAGCAGGUGACAGGGCUAGAGCCUGGUGUCUCCUACAUAUUCUCCCUGACACCUGUCCGGGAGGGUGUACAGGGUCCUGAGGCCUCGGUCACACAGACCCCAGUGUGUCCCCAUGGCCUGAUGGACGUGGUGUUCCUGCUGCAUACCACUCGAGACAAUGCUCAUCGCGCAGAGGCUGUGAAGCGAGCCCUGGAGCGUCUGGUGUCUGCACUUGGGCCGCUUGGGCCACAGGCCAUCCAGGUUGGCCUCCUGUCCUACAGUCACCGGCCCUCCCCACUGUUCUCGCUGAACAGCUCCUAUGACCUUGAUGUCAUCCGGCAGAAGAUCCGCAACAUCCCCUACACGGACCCAAGUGGGAACAACCUGGGCACAGCAGUGGUUACAGCUCACAGAUACCUGUUGGCACCAGAUGCCCCUGGACGACGCCGGCAUGUGCCGGGGGUGAUGGUUCUACUGGUGGAUGAGCCCUUGAGAGGUGACAUCUUCAGCUCUAUCCGUGAGGCCCAGGCUGCUGGGCUCAAAGUGAUGAUGCUGGGCCUGGCAGGAGCUGACCCAGAACAGCUGCGUCGCUUGGUGCCAGGCAUGGACUCUGCCCAGACCUUCUUCGCCGUGGAUGAUGGUCCAAGCUUGGACCGGGCAGUCAGUAGUCUGGCAACAGCCCUGUGUCAGACGGCUUUGACCACCCAGCUACAGCCAGACCCUUGCUCGGUGCAUUGUCCAAAGGGCCAGAAGGGGGAACCCGGAGAGAUGGGGCUGAAAGGACAAGCCGGGCCUCCUGGUCCCCCCGGCCUCCCGGGCAGGAUGGGUGUUCCUGGCCCCCAGGGACCUCCUGGAAGUACCAUUGCGAAGGGUGAGAGGGGCUUCCCUGGGGCAGAUGGGCCUCCAGGCAGCCCUGGCCGCCCUGGUACUCCUGGAAGCCCCGGCCCGAAGGGCUCCCCAGGGUGGCCCAGUCCUCGUGGAGAACCAGGAGAGCGAGGACCUCGAGGCCCAAAGGGGGAGCCGGGAGAGCCUGGACGAGUCAUUGGAGGCGAGGGCCCAGGGCUUCCUGGACAGAAAGGGGACCCUGGACCUCCAGGUCCCCCUGGAUCUCGUGGCCCAUUGGGAGACCCAGGACCCCGUGGUCCCCCAGGAUUUUCUGGAACAGCUGUGAAGGGUGAGAAAGGUGAUCGUGGGGAGCGGGGUCCCCCUGGACCAGGUGAUGGCAGCGUUGCUUUAGGGGAGCCUGGGCUGCCGGGUCUUCCUGGAAGCCGUGGACCCCAAGGCUCAGUUGGCCCCCCUGGAGAAAAAGGAGAAAAGGGUGACUGUGAAGAUGGAGCCCCAGGCCUCCCAGGACAACCUGGGACCCCGGGUGAGCCGGGCCUACGGGGACUUCCUGGAGUCACUGGCCCCAAAGGUGACCAAGGACUAACAGGGGCCAUCGGUGAGACUGGAGAAAAGGGCGAACGUGGAUCCCCUGGCCCAGCGGGACCACAGGGUCCACCAGGAGUUGCUGGGCGUCCUGGACCUGAGGGUCCUGAAGGGCCACCAGGACCCACUGGCCGCCGAGGAGAGAAGGGGGAGCCUGGUCGCCCUGGGGACCCUGCUGUGGGACCUGGGGGUGCUGGAGCUAAAGGAGAGAAGGGAGACGUAGGGCUCCCUGGGCCCAAAGGAGCUACCGGAGUCAAAGGGGAACGGGGCCCACCUGGCUUGGUUCUUCCUGGAGACCCUGGCCCCAAGGGAGACCCUGGAGUCCGGGGUCCCAUCGGCCUCACUGGCAGAGCAGGACCGCCGGGUGACUCAGGGCCUCCCGGAGAGACGGGAGACCCUGGUCGUCCUGGUUCCCCAGGACCCAUCGGCCCCCGAGGACGAGAUGGUGAAGUUGGAGAGAAAGGUGACGAGGGUCCCCCGGGUGAACCAGGUUUGCCUGGAAAAGCUGGCGAGCGUGGCCUUCGGGGGGCACCUGGAACUCGGGGGCCUGUGGGUGAGAAGGGAGACCAGGGAGAUCCUGGAGAGGAUGGACGAAACGGGAGCCCUGGACCAUCUGGACCCAAGGGUGACCGCGGGGAGCCAGGUCUCCCAGGACCCCCUGGACGGCUGGUGGACACGGGACUUGGAGUCAGAGAGAAGGGAGAGUCUGGGGACCGUGGACAGGAGGGUCCUCGAGGACCCAAGGGUGACCCCGGACCCCCUGGAGCUUCUGGGGAGAGAGGCAUCAGUGGACUUCGGGGGCCCCCAGGCCCGCAGGGGGACCCAGGUGUUCGAGGCCCAGGAGGAGAAAAGGGUGACCGGGGCCCCCCUGGCCUGGAUGGCCGCAGUGGACUGGAUGGGAAACCAGGAACCCCUGGUCCCCCUGGGCUGCCUGGUGCUAUAGGCAAGGCUGGGGACCCAGGGAGAGACGGACUGCCUGGCCUUCGAGGAGAACAGGGCCCCGCUGGCCCCUCUGGUCCCCUUGGAGCACCGGGAAAGCCGGGCAAGGAUGGCAAGCCUGGCCUGAAUGGGAAAAACGGAGGACCUGGGGACCCUGGAGAAGAUGGGAGGAAGGGAGAGAAGGGAGAUUCGGGCGCUCCUGGGAGAGAAGGUCAUGAUGGCCCCAAGGGUGAGCGAGGAGCUCCUGGUAGCCCUGGACUCCAGGGCCCCCCGGGCAUCCCAGGGCAGGUUGGCCCUCCUGGCCAGGGUUUCCCUGGUGUUCCAGGAGGUUCGGGCUCCAAGGGUGACCGUGGGGAGACUGGACCCAAAGGGGAACAGGGCCUCCCAGGAGAGCGUGGCCUGAGAGGAGAGCCUGGGAGCACGGCGAAUGUGGAGCGGUUGCUGGAAAAUAUUGGCAUCAAGACGUCCGCCCUGCGGGAGAUCGUGGAGAGCUGGGAAGAGAGCUCUGGCAGCUUCCUGCCUGUGCCUGAACGGCGUCGUGGCCCCAAGGGGGACCCAGGAGAGCGGGGCCCACCAGGCAAGGAGGGCCCCACUGGCUUUUCUGGAGAACGCGGGCUGAAGGGAGAUCGUGGAGACCCCGGCCCUCAGGGACCACCUGGCCUGGCCUUUGGGGAGAGGGGCCCCCCUGGACCUCCCGGCCUUGCUGGGGAACCUGGAAAGCCUGGUAUCCCUGGGCUCCCAGGCCCGGCUGGGAGUGUGGGAGAGGCAGGGAGACCAGGAGAGAGGGGAGAGCGGGGAGAGAAAGGAGAACGUGGAGAACAGGGCAGAGACGGCCCUCCUGGCCUUCCUGGACCCCCUGGCCCCCCUGGCCCCAAGGUGGCCAUGGACGAGCCAGGUUCUGGACUCUCUAGAGAACCAGGACCCCCUGGACUCAAGGGUGCUAAGGAGGGCAUGCCGGGGUGGCAUGUCUGUGGGCACCUGGCAGUGAUGGGGGCUCAGGGCAUGACACUCUGCUUGCAGGGUGAGCCAGGCAUCAAGGGAGACUGGGGAGAGCCUGGACAGAGGGGUCAAAAUGGCAUCCCGGGUCUGCCAGGAGAGCGUGGCGUGGCUGGGCCUGAGGGGAAGCCGGGUUUGCAAGGUCCAAGGGGGACCCCUGGCCCAAUGGGUGGCCAUGGAGACCCUGGACCACCUGGUGCCCCGGGUCUUGCUGGCCCUGCGGGACCCCAGGGACCUUCUGGCCUGAAGGGGGAGCCCGGAGAGACAGGACCACCAGGACGGGGCCUGCCUGGACCCACUGGAGCUGUGGGACUUCCUGGCCCCCCUGGCGCCUCAGGCCUUGUGGGUCCUCAGGGGGCACCAGGUUUGCCUGGACAAGUGGGGGAGACGGGGAAGCCGGGAGUGCCAGGUCGUGAUGGUGCCAGUGGGAAGGACGGAGACAGAGGAGCCCCUGGCGUGCCGGGGUCACCAGGUCUGCCUGGCCCUGUCGGACCUAAAGGAGAGCCUGGACCCAUGGGCACCCCUGGACAGGCUGUGGUCGGGCCCCCUGGAGCAAAGGGAGAGAAGGGCACCCCUGGAGGCCUUGCUGAAGACCUGGUGGGAGAGCCGGGAGCCAAAGGUGACCGAGGACUGCCGGGGCCGCGAGGCCAGAAGGGUGAAGCCGGCCAUGCCGGGGAGCCUGGAGAUCCUGGUGAAGAUGGUCAGAAAGGGGCUCCAGGACUCAAAGGUCACAAGGGUGACCCAGGAGUUGGGGUCCAGGGGCCCCCUGGGCCAAUUGGUCCUCCAGGUCUAAAGGGAGACUUGGGCCCCCCCGGCACCCGUGGUGCUCCUGGUAUUGUGGGGUUCCCCGGUCAGACAGGCCCUCGAGGAGAGAUGGGUCAGCCGGGCCCCAGUGGAGAGCGGGGUCUGGCAGGCCCCCCAGGGAGAGAGGGAGCCCCAGGUCCCUUGGGGCCACGUGGACCCCUUGGGCUAGCGGGAGCGCCUGGGGCCCCUGGACUCAAAGGAGACAAGGGAGACACUGGAGCAGGACCGCCUGGGGCCCGAGGCGAGCGUGGGGAGCCGGGUGUCCGGGGUGAAGAUGGCCGCCCCGGCCUGGAGGGACCCCGAGGACUCGUGGGUCCCCCAGGCAGCCGGGGGGAGCGUGGGGAGAAGGGUGACACUGGAACCUCAGGGCUAAAGGGUGACAAGGGUGACUCAGCUGUGAUUAUGGGGCCUCCGGGGCCACGAGGUGCCAAGGGGGACAUGGGUGAACGAGGGCCUCGGGGCAUAGAUGGUGACAAAGGAUCUCGGGGAGACAGUGGGGACCCUGGAGAAAAGGGCGCCAAGGGACAGCCUGGAGACAAGGGCUCAGCCGGGUUGCUGGGAGUGCGUGGACUCACAGGACCCAAGGGUGAGCCUGGUGCUGCAGGGAUCCCUGGUGAGCCGGGAUCCCGAGGAAAAGACGGAGCCCCUGGUGUCCGAGGAGACAAAGGAGAUGUUGGCUUCAUGGGUCCCCGGGGCCUCAAGGGCGAACAGGGGGCUAAGGGAGCCUGUGGCCUUGAUGGAGAGAAGGGAGAUAAGGGAGAAGCUGGUCCCCCGGGCCGCCCAGGGCUGGCAGGACGCAAAGGAGAGUUGGGGGAGCCGGGUGUUCCAGGCCAGUCAGGGGCCCCUGGGAAGGAGGGCCUGAUUGGUCCCAAGGGUGACCGCGGUUUUGAUGGGCAGCCAGGACCCAAGGGUGACCAGGGCGAGAAAGGGGAGCGGGGGCCUCCAGGAAUUGGGGGCUUCCCAGGUCCCAGGGGCAGUGAUGGCUCUAGUGGUCCCCCCGGGCCACCUGGCAGUAUUGGUCCCAAAGGCCCCGAAGGACUUCAGGGCCAGAAGGGUGAACGAGGUCCCCCUGGAGAGAGUGUGGUGGGGGCCCCUGGGGGCCCUGGAACCCCAGGAGAGAGAGGGGAGCAGGGGCGGCCAGGACCUGUGGGGCCCCGCGGCGAGAAGGGAGAAGCUGCACUGACAGAGGAUGACAUUCGGGGCCUUGUGCGUCAGGAGAUGAUUCAGCAUUGCGCCUGCCAGGGCCAGUUUAUCACAUCUGGAUCACGACCCCUCCCUAGUUACGCUGCAGACACCGCUGGCCCCCAGCUCCACGCCGUGCCCAUUCUCCGCGUCUCCCAUGCAGAGGAGGAAGCACACCCCACCAUGCGUGCAGGCCAGGUGCCCCCUGAGGAUGAUGAGUACGAAUACUCUGAGUAUUCCGUGGAGGAAUACCAGGACCCUGAGGCUCCUUGGGAUGGCGAUGCCCCGGACCCCUGCUCGCUUCCACUGGACGAGGGCUCCUGUACUGCCUACACCCUGCGCUGGUAUCAUCGGGCUGUGGCAGGUGGUACGGAGGCCUGUCACCCCUUUGUCUAUGGUGGCUGUGGAGGGAAUGCCAACCGUUUUGGGACCCGUGAGGCCUGUGAGCGCCGCUGCCCACCCCGGGUGGCUCAGAGCCAGGGGACAGGUGCUGCCGGGAGCUUAGGCAGAUGAUGAGCUGGAGUUCAGCAUCCCCUGGAGGAGUCGGUGUCUCAGCUGGACCCUGCUGUCCCUCCCCUUGGUGCUAGAGGCCUGCGUGCACGUGAGCGUGCAUGAGCGUGUCCGUUAAUUUCAGUGACUUGUUCCAUGGGUCUAGCCUUCCCCCCUGUGAAUAAACCCCCAUUGUGGCUCCUGCCUCCCCGGCAGAUGACUCAGUGUGGGGAUGGCUGUGGGCAGUGAGCGGAUGUGACUGAAUCUGACCGCAUCUGACCUGCCCCUUGGCCCAAGCCUGUGACGACAUGGUGCUGAUUCUGGGGGGCAUUAAAGCUGCUGUUUAAAGGCC